AUGAGUUUUAAGAAAUCAAUUUUAUUUUGGGUAGAUGGGGUAUUAAAUAAUACAUACAACGAAAAAGAAUUAUAUGAUAGUUUAGAAUUAAAAACAUUAGAUACCAUUGUCAGCGAAGGUUGCGUAGGUCAAUUAUUAUACUCCAACAAUGAAAAUCAAGAAAAAUAUACCGAAAAUGAAUUAAAAGAAUUAUUAGGUUUUAAUAUAAAUGAAACAUUAACCGAAAGUUUAUUUAAAGAAAAAUAUAUGAAUUUAAAAAUCAAAUUUAUUAGUAAUGUCGAAAAAGAAUUAAAUAUUUUCGAAAAUAGUGUAAUAUUAAAAGAGUUAAAUCAAGAAUUCUUUGAAAAAGAAAUUAAAGAGUGUAGUGAGGAUAUGAUUAUUGUUCAUUAUCAAUGUAAAUCCAAUCAAUUAAAAGAACGUAGAGAACAUUUAGUUAAUUUAGAUUCUUUCUUAUCAAAUUCAAUUUUAUCACCAUCCAUUCCAAAUGAUUAUUAUUUAUUAAAUAUAAUAAUUGGAUAUAAUGAAACAACUAUCAAUGUUCCAUUAACUGAACAACAACAAUCAAAUAUUACCCCACAAUGGUUUUCUCAACCCCCAAAAAGCUUUAACUUUUUAAAUAGUAAUAUAAUCAAUCCAAGAAUGACAUCCCCAUUAUUUACAAUUGAAUACAAUCCAACAAUGACAAGAAAAGAUUAUAGUUGCUCGUUUAAGGAAAGCGAAUUUAUUAAAGGUUCAAAUGGUAAAAUUUUAUUAAUCCAACAUUUCAGAGAAGUUGCAUUCAAACUUGGUAAAGUUCCAAAGUACGGUGCUUAA